UGGAUAUUCGUGAAAUCAAAGAGAUUCGUCCAGGAAAAAACUCACGUGAUUUUGACCGGUACCAGGAGGAUCCCUGUUUCCGACUGGACCAGUCUCACUGCUUCGUUGUCCUCUAUGGCACAGAAUUCCGGCUGAAGACCCUCAGCUUGCAAGCCACUUCGGAGGACGAGGUCAAUAUGUGGAUCAAGGGGCUGAACUGGCUGGUGGCAGACACUCUAAGGGCUGCCACCCCCCUGCAGAUUGAAAGGUGGCUUCGGAAGCAGUUCUACUCGUUGGAUCGCAACCGGGAAGACAGGAUCUCUGCCAAGGAUCUGAAGAACAUGUUGUCUCAGGUCAACUACCGGGUCCCCAACAUGAGAUUUCUGCGGGAGAGACUCACGGACGUGGAGCAGAGGAACGGGGAUAUCACGUACGGGCAGUUUGCACAGCUCUACCGGAGCCUGAUGUUCAGCGCCCAGAAAAUGAUGGAUGUCCCGUUCCUAGAAAGGGCUGGAGAAAGGUCUGAGCACUUCAGGGUGUCGCUGCUGGAGUUGCAGAAGUUCUUGCUGGAGUACCAGAGGGAGCUGUGGGCUGCAGAUACCCUUCAGGUACAGGAAUUCAUGUUCAACUUUCUGAGAGACCCUUUGAGGGAGAUUGAUGAGCCUUAUUUCUCCCUGGAUGAAUUUCUCACCUUCCUGUUUUCCAAAGAGAACAGCAUCUGGAACUCGCAACUGGACAUGGUGUGUCUGGAGAACAUGAACAACCCCCUCUCCCAUUACUGGAUCUCCUCCUCACACAACACGUACCUGACGGGGGAUCAGUUCUCGAGCGAGUCCUCGCUGGAGGCGUACGCCCGCUGCUUGCGCAUGGGAUGCCGCUGCAUCGAAUUGGAUUGCUGGGAUGGUCCCGAUGGCAUGCCGGUCAUCUACCACGGACACACCUUAACCACCAAGAUCAAGUUCUCUGAUGUCUUGGUCACUAUCAAGGAGCAUGCCUUUGUCACCUCCGAUUUCCCUGUUAUUCUGUCCAUUGAGGACCACUGCAGCAUUGCUCAGCAGAGGAACAUGGCUCAGAAUUUCAAGAAGGUCUUUGGAGACAUGCUCUUGACCAAACCAGUAGAUAUUUCUGCUGAUGGCCUUCCCUCUCCAAACCAGCUCAAGAGGAAGAUUCUCAUCAAGCACAAGAAGCUGGCAGAGGGCAGCGCUUACGAGGAGCUGCCCACAUCCAUAAUGUAUUCAGAGAAUGACAUCAGCAACUCCAUCAAGAACGGGAUCCUCUACCUGGAAGACCCCAUCAAUCACGAGUGGAACCCACAUUACUUUGUCCUGACCAGCAGUAAGAUCUAUUACUCUGGGGAAACAACUAGUGACCAAGGAAAUGAGGAUGAGGAAGAGCAAAAGGAGGUGAGCAACAGCACCGAGCUUCACUCCACGGAGAAGUGGUUUCACGGCAAGCUGGGAGCGGGACGUGACGGGCGGCACAUCGCGGAGCGGCUGCUGACGGAGUACUGCAUCGAGACGGGGGCCCCCGAUGGCUCCUUCCUCGUCAGAGAGAGCGAGACCUUUGUUGGGGACUACACCCUCUCCUUCUGGCGCAACGGGAAGGUACAGCAUUGCCGGAUCCACUCGCGGCAGGAUGCCGGCAGCCCCAAGUUCUUCCUGACAGACAACCUGGUGUUCGACAGCCUCUACGACCUCAUCACCCACUACCAGGAGGUGCCACUGAGGUGCAAUGAGUUUGAGAUGAGGCUGACGGAGCCGGUGCCACAGACCAAUGCCCAUGAGAGCAAAGAGUGGUACCACGCCAACCUCACCCGGGCCCAGGCCGAGCACAUGCUGAUGCGGGUGCCACGCGACGGAGCCUUCCUGGUGCGCAAGAGGAGCGAGCCCAGCUCCUACGCCAUCUCGUUCCGGGCAGAAGGGAAGAUCAAACACUGCCGAGUGCAGCAGGAGGGCCAGACCGUCCUGCUUGGCAACUCCGAGUUCGAGAGCCUGGUGGACUUGAUCAGCUACUAUGAAAAGCACCCGCUGUACCGCAAAAUGAAGCUGAGGUACCCCAUCAACGAGGAGACGCUGGAGAAGAUAGGGACAGCGGAACCAGACUAUGGAGCCCUUUACGAGGGACGCCAUCCGGGCUUCUACGUGGAAGCCAACCCCAUGCCCACCUUCAAGUGCGCAGUCAAAGCCCUGUUCGACUACAAGGCGCAGCGGGAGGACGAGCUCACCUUCACCAAAAACGCCAUCAUCCAGAAUGUGGAGAAACAGGAAGGAGGCUGGUGGAGAGGAGAUUAUGGUGGAAAGAAGCAGCUGUGGUUUCCUUCCAAUUACGUAGAGGAAAUUACUGGUCCCAGUAGCCUGGAGCCAGAGCGGGAGCAGCUGGAUGAGAACAGCCCCUUGGGAGACCUGCUCGGAGGUGUCCUGGACGUGCCCUCCUGCCAGAUCGCCAUCCGCCCCGAGGGGAAGAACAACCGCCUCUUCGUCUUCUCCAUUAGCAUGGCCUCGGCAUCGCGCUUGUCCCUUGAUGUGGCGGCCGAUACGCACGAGGACUUGCUGGACUGGGUGAAGAAGAUCCGGGAGGCAGCGCAGACGGCUGAUGCACGGCUCUCUGAAGGGAAGAUGAUGGAGAGGAGGAAGAAGAUUGCCCUGGAGCUUUCGGAGCUGGUGGUCUAUUGCCGACCUGUUCCCUUCGAUGAAGAGAAGAUUGGCACAGAGAGGGCCUGUUACCGAGAUAUGUCCUCCUUCCCCGAGACCAAGGCAGAAAAGUAUGUCAACAAGAUCAAAGGCAAGAAGUUCCUGCAGUACAACCGCCUGCAGCUCUCCCGCAUCUACCCCAAGGGCCAGCGCCUCGACUCCUCCAACUACGACCCCCUGCCCAUGUGGAUCUGCGGCAGCCAGCUGGUAGCACUCAACUUCCAGACCCCAGACAAGCCCAUGCAGAUGAACCAGGCCUUGUUCAUGUCCAGCGGCCAGUGUGGGUACGUCUUACAGCCUACCAACAUGCGGGAUGACAUCUUCGACCCCUUCGACAAGAGCACGCUGCGGGGGGUUGAACCUCUCUCCAUCUCUAUUGAGGUCCUGGGGGCCCGGCACCUUCCCAAAAACGGAAGGGGAAUCGUUUGUACGUUUGUGGGGGUGGCGGUGUACGGGGCCGAGUACGACAACGCCAAGCAGAAAACCGAGAUCGUGGGUGAGUGGUUUCAGGUCAGCAACCCCGACUUCGCCUUCCUCCGCUUCGUGGUGUACGAGGAGGACAUGUUCAGCGAUGAGAACUUCCUGGCUCAGGCCACCUUCCCGGUGAAAGGCUUGAAGACGGGUUUCCGAGCUGUACCCCUGAAGAACAACUACAGCGAGAACCUAGAGCUGGCUUCCCUGCUAGUCAAGAUAGACAUUUUCCCUAGCAAGGAGAAUGGUGAAAUAAACCUCUUCAGUGCUUCAGCCCUACGGGAACGAGCAGGGGAUGCAUCCAACCAGCUGCUGGCAAGCAGAGGCAGAGAGGGGUCCUUCGAGUCGCGGUACCAGCAGCCUUUUGAGGAUUUCCGUCUGUCGCAGGAGCAGCUCGCCGACCACAUUGAGAGCCGGGAGCGAAGGGUACUGCGGAGGACCCGGGUGAAUGGGGACAACCGGCUGUAGCCCCUCUCGGCGGGUGAAAGCACCUCCAGUGCUUGUGAAUCUCACGGCACGCUGUGAACUGGUUUCUAUGGAAACGGCACUGCUAUGGCCUACUUUCAGGCAGCUUUUCCAGUUUCUCUGCUGAAGUGUGUUCGAGUGGAGAACUAAAAAAAAAAAAAAAAUUUGGAAAAAAAAAAAACCAAACCACC